AUGGCGGACAUAUCACCCGCGAUAGAACAAAAAAAGAAGUCUUCAGCCAAGGUCCUCACUACGCUUUUUCCAAGGAUUCCGAAGGUAACCACGGUGCUGCUGGAGUUCUUCAUCAAGCGAGAGAGCAAGGUGUCCCUCUUCCGAGACCCCCUCUCGCACUUCUGCCAGGAGCAGGUGGUCCUGGCGGCGCAGGACUGCCUCCAGAAACUCAACCGCCAAGUGAUCACCUUCCAGGACAUCCGGGACAUGAUCGAGAAUCUCAUCGGUCUGCACAGUCUCUGCCUGAAAAGAGCUCCAGAGACAGCCAAAGAACUGGGGACUACCGUGCGCAAGCUGACCAUCAUCGUUGGUGAACUGGCCACCUCCCUGGAGAAAAUCUGCGAGGUCAGCGUCACUGAUUGGAUGGCUAUUGGCGACAGCGUGAUCAGCAAAACGGAAAAGAUGAACUUGGAGAGCAUCCCAUCGUACACCACCUUCAUACCGAAGAUGAAAGAAUUCAAGCCAAUGAAGCUCCUAGGGGCUGGGGGAUUCGGGGCGGUCUACAAGGCGCAGUUCCUUCCCGCCAACUUUGUGUGCACCGUGAAGCUUGUGGCCAUGGAUCGCUUCACGCGCCACAAGCAGGCCUGCAUCGACAAAGUGGUGGCGUCCGUCGUCCGGAGUCCGUUCCUGGUCAAGUACUACUGUUGCUUCUGCGCCAAGGACUCCUACGUCACUCUGAUGGAGUAUGUCCCCGGAGUAGACGUCAUGCGCGUGAUCCUUAAGGCCGCCUACUUGCCUAUCGAGCACGUCCAGAUAGUAAUGGCGCAGCUCAUAUUAGCCCUGGAGCACCUGCAUCUGCGAGGAUUCCUGCACAGGGACGUCAAGGUGUCCAAUAUGAUUAUAAUGCCAGGAGGUCGCGUGAAGUUGAUCGAUUUCGACACCAACAAGGUCUGCCUCGGCCACUUUUCCAAGCGACUCGUGAAAGGCUACUUUGCCAGGACAGCCUUUGAAUUCCACGACGGAGAAUCUGCAGGGACGAUUCCCUACAUGGCGCCCGAGAUUCUAAAGCGCAGGCCUUACGGAAGGGCCUGCGACUGGUGGUCUUCGGGAGUAGUCUUCUACAAAUUGAUGACGGGAAGGGUCCCCUUCAGAGGGCGGACGAAGCAACUACUUCGGGACCGAAUUAUCGGCGCUCCACUGAAGUGGCCCAAGACCGAGGAACACCCUCACUCGGCGACGCCUGAAGCCAAAGACAUGGUGUUCAAGCUCCUCCGGAAGAACCCGAUUGAGCGGCUUGGUUCAAGGCACUACCAGGACCUGAAGAGCCACCCGUUUUUCAACGGUUUCAACUGGAAGGCACUCAGCACCAGCAAGUUUUUGUGCGAGAUUCCGGCCAUUGCGGAAGCCAUGGGUGGCAUCGUUGCCACCACGUCGGCCUUCAACGAAGAGAUUCUGGGACGCGAGCCUCCUAAGAAGGCCGGAAAGACAGCCCCUAAGAUACCUUCGAAGGAAUUGCUCCAAGGGGCUGAACAGAAAUUGGAGGAACAGCUGUCUGCUGGAGCCACUACGAACACAAAGAAGCGGAAACUCCAGAAGAUCGAAGACAUGGUCGACAUGGAGCCGGACCUGCAGAAGCCUCUAUACACCUACGCCACGUCCAGCUUCAAGAAACUUGUGCUUGCGCUGAAAGAAAAGAAAACCGUCGAUUUGGGCGACAACUUCUUGAAUACCAGCGGAACGGAGUCCUCUGAUAUCGACUACAGAAAGCUCUCAGCGGGAGAAAGCAUGAUCGGCGGAGGGGCGACCUCGGCGCACUGCACCGCAGCCAGUGACACCCAGACAGCGAGGUCGUCGGAGAAACUGGACGUCAUCCUGUUCCGGAGGAGGAGCCUCGGCAAAUUCUGGGGCUUCGGCGUCAACCUGGAGAGGGUGAAAGGCGAAGGCGACAAGUUCGCGUACAUGGUGGAAGUAAGGGUCCUACUCUUGUUACGCGUGGCAAAAUAA